CACAUGAGUGGCGGUGACCUCGAGUCCUACACAUACGCACAGAAGCACAGAUACGUGCCUGAGAGGAAGGCGGCGUUCUUCUUCCGACAGAUUGUGUCGGGCAUAGACUACCUACACAAGAACUCCAUCACACAUCGCGAUAUAAAGCCUGCGAAUAUAAUCCUGGACGCCAAGCAGCAGAUACCUAAGCUCAUUGACUUUGGGUUCACAAAUAUAUUUGAUGAG